AUGCUCGGUCAAGCCAUCAACAUUCAACCACCCACAACUAGUCAGGCCAUCAACAUUCAACCAGCAACAACAACAGUGAAAAAAGAGACUAAAGUAGCUAAACCACGAGUCAAAAAAGAACCAAAAGCCAAAGCUCCUAAAGUCAAAAAGGAACCCAAGCCAAAAGCUGUGAAGGCCAAGAAAGAGCCUGCACCGAAGACUCCAAAGAGAAAGCCUGCCUUCAAAUUACCACCUGAAGCAAACAUCUAUAUGAACGAUGCAAUGCGCUCUAGAGUCGUUAGAGCAAUGAAUCAAAGAAUGUUUGUCAUGUCAAGAGAGCUUUCUCAAUCAGAUGAAUCAGUCGAAAAAUUUGAAGUGUUGGGUAGUAUUGGAAAUAAUUACACUGUCACUAUUGGACCCACUAUUAAAUGUUCUUGUAUGGACUAUGCGAUCAGAAGAGUUCAUUGUAAACACAUCUUGAUGAUUUUACUCAAGGUCUACCGUUUACCCUAUGACAAUCCCAUCUUUAGGAGAUUGCAAACCUCAGCUCCAGAGAGAAUCGAGGCCAGAACACAUGCUCGUGUGGUCGAUCCUUCUGUCUUGGUGCCUAGAGAAAUCCGAGAAAAAAUCUUGAGCAUUACUCAACGUAACCAUCCUCAAGCUGCAUCUCCCUCUAUUGAUAAAACUACUGAGCGUCGACCUUUGGAUACAUCCGACUGUCCUGUUUGUUUCGAAGAGUUUGAAGAAGCCAAGAUUGCCGAGAUUGAUUUCUGUAAAACAUGUGGAAAUAAUGUUCACAAGGAAUGCUUCCAAACGUGGGCCAGAUCCAAGGGAUCCAACGUAAGCUGUGUCUACUGCAGAGCCAAAUGGGUCAAAGAUACACCUGCUGUUGCUGGUCCUAGUAAGAAAUCUGUGAGAGAACUUGACCCCGCACAUAUCAAUGAAAAUUAUUAUGCAAACUUUGCUGAUGAAUUGGGAAUCGAACGUACAAGAGACACAUCGACUUAUAAGUACAGAGGAAGUUAUCCUAUCCGUAAAUGGGAUUGA